AUGAUGGAGUGGCAGCGAGCCCUGCUUCCGCUCCUGGCCCUCCUUGCGUGCCUGUCGAACCUCGCGGCGGCCAGCGGAGUUGAACGGACAUUCGCGCUCAUCAAGCCACAUGCAGUCCCGCUCGCCGGUUCCAUCUGGAACUAUGCUCGGCAACGCGAGGGACUCAAAGUGAUCGCCUUGCGCAACGUGCUCGUCACCGAGGAGCAAGCGACGAAGCUCUACCAGCAGCACUUCAGCGCCCCGUUCUACCUCGAUCUGAAGAAGAUGAUCAAGUCCGCGCCCUGCCAGGUCGCGGUCCUUGAGGGCCCCGACGCCGUCGAGCGGUGGCGGCGUCUCCUAGGCCCGACAGACCCCUCGAAGGCGUACCAGGGGGACCCCGACAGCAUCCGCGCGAUCUACGGCCUCGACGUCACGAACAACGCCGCGCACGGCAGCGACAGCGCCGACGCCGCCGUGCGGGAAAUGCGCAUCUUUUUCACGGACGAGGAGAUCAAUGCGCACGGAGAGAUGGGGCACAAGCACAGCGCGCACGUGUUCCACGGCCACGACGUUCUCGACUGGGAGGCGGUGCAACGCGACUGGCUGGACGCCGCUACGCAACAGGAGCGCCAGCGGCUGCAGACGAUCACGCGGAUCCGUGCGACGCGGCGCCUGCGCGGGGACGAGGACGCUGCGAAGGCGGAGCUCAUGAACGAGGGCCCCGAGGUGCAGGAAAUGCGCGAACGGGCCAUGCGGGAGGCGGCGCGGUUCGCCCAGCGCAGGAAGCGGGUCGAGGCCGAGGCGGCGGCGACGUACGACACGGUGCCGAAGGCGGAGGCGAGGGCCGCCGGGGGCGAUGUGGGAGGAGUCGGGGACGAGGGGGGGGACUCGGACGAGGAGGAGGCGCCGGAGAGCUUCGAUGGCCACGCCGGGGAGGGCGAGCCGUUGAGCAAGGAGGAGCUGUGA